AUGUCCUCCCCCGAUGGUGAAUAUUACGAUGUGCUGGUGUUCGGAUCGUGCAUAGUGGAUUUUAUAAGCUACGUUCCACGGUUGCCCAAGGUCGGCGAAACCUUGCACGGUUCCAGAUUUGCUACCGGAAACGGUGGGAAAGGUGCGAAUCAAUGUGUGGCCGCCGCUCGGCUCGGCAGCCGUACUGCGAUGAUUGGUAAGCUGGGUGACGAUCCGUGGGGAACAGCCUAUCGCAACACCCUAGCAGGUGAAGGCGUCAACGUGGAACAGGUGGACGUACUGCCGGGCGAAAGCACCGGUAUUGCCCAGAUCAAUGUCGCCGACAAUGGGGACAAUCAGAUCGUUAUUGUGACCGGCGCAAACAAACGACUCGCUCCGUCGGACGUGCUGGCCCACCGGGACCGAUUCGAGCGGUCACGCAUUCUAAUCUGCCAGCUAGAAACACCGCUCGAAGCGACGAUCGCCGCCCUGCAAGCAUUCCGGGGUAUCUCGAUCGUUAAUGCGGCACCGGCCGAAACCAAUUUGCCCCACGCGGUACUAUCGCUUGCGACCAUCUUCUGCGUGAACGAAACGGAAGCAGCGCUACUGACGGACAUGCCAAGCGUUCCCGAUGUGCAACAGGCAAAAGCGGCCGUCCACAAGCUGCGGGACAUGGGAUGUAAAACGGUUAUCGUAACGCUCGGUGAGAAGGGAGCCGUCUUUGCCGAACCGCACGACGCAACCGUGUACCACGUGAAGCCGUUAAAGGUGAAAAAGGUCGUAGACACAACGGGUGCCGGCGAUGCAUUUAUCGGUGCAUUGGCACAUUUCUUAGCCAAGCAUCCGGACGUUGCGCUGGGCAAUUGCAUUGCGGCAGCAAACCGUGUUGCGGCCUGGUCCGUGCAAAGGCCCGGCACGCAGAGCAGUUUUCCACAGGUGGGCGAUGUUGAGCUGCCGGCCGAUUUGACCACCCUGCGGGACCAGUGGGAAUGUGUUUAA